AUGUCUGAAAAAGCCUAUAGAAGUCAAAAAAUUGAAGUAUCGUCGAUAUUGCUGAUCAAACGACUCAUCUGUUCAACACUCAACUUUCUACUAACCAUCUCCUUUUUUUAUAUUUUUAUUACUAGCACUAGUUUUAACUUUAACUUUUCGAAAAGCCUAAAGGACUAUUUGAUUGUGAAUCAAGGUAAGACAGAUCGAGAGAUGGAAGAUCAUCGCCGAUCAACCUCUCCCAUUUCCGUCGACUUCGUGCAGAACGAGCAGCCGCUGCCAUACGGCCAUGCUCAGCACGACGACUUCGACGCCGACGAUCUACACAAGCCCUGCGUAAGCACAUGCUGCCUCUGCUGCAAUCUCGGCCUGGGAUCAAUCCUCACCGGCGUUGGAUUUGUGAUACUCAACGUGAUCUACAUCUUCCGCCAGAUGUCGUCUCUUCAAGCUGCUCUGCUGGACUCGUCGCUGCCUGAGAUCUCUUUCAAUGAUGGAAACCUUGACGCGAUCUUUGCUGUUGUCGGAAUCGCACUCGCCGGCGUUGCUGCCCUUGCCGCAUUCGUGUUGAUGAUGUUCUCUUGCUGCUGCGGCGUCGCCGAAGAAGUUUCAAAAGUGAAAAUCGGCGCCUUCAGCUGGACGGUUGCCACCGGACUCUGCUCAAUUUGGGUGCUCGGCGAGGCAAUUUACCGCACUGUUCCAAAAGAAGAAGAGCAGUCCAGCCGUGGCUACAUCAUCGUCACCAACAUCAACAACGUCGACGAUCCAAACACGAUGGACGUGCAAGAGCUCGUCGUCACCUGGCUCAUCGCUGGUUUCUACCUUCUCUUUUACGGCUACUUGAGCAUCGUCACCAUGAGUUUCGUGGCUCUUCUUUCGCGAAACCGACAAAUGUCUCAGAAAGAACACCUCGCCGCCAAGCAAGGCAUUCCCCCGCACAAGUCCGACUCGCCAAUGACCGAGAACGACUUCCUCCAGCGAAACAUCUCCAACAUGGGCCUCCUUCGCUCGCCUUCUGGCUUCAGCUCGCACAUGCAGUAUCCACCCAUGUACGGAAUGUCGAACCCCAGCUACUCCCCCGAACCAGCCACUUUGGACAACCAAGCAUUUAUGCCGCCGAUGUUGCCGCCAAUGUUCCGCGAGCAGAUCAUCUCCGGCCCACAGGGACAGCCCAUCUCCGUCGUCAUCGAUCCAAACGGACAAAUCGUGCCGCCAGAAAUCGUCAACCAGUUCGUUCAACAACAAAUGGCCUAUCAGAACCAGCUCAUGUCUGAGAGCCAGAGCGUGGUUACAGACAUGACUUACAGAUCGGGCGCCGCGUUGAUCCAGUCUGAAGUUAUGGAGGCGCCAGUUGAGCGAACGCGCUCAGUCAGAUUCAACGACAUCCAUCAGACCCGAUACAUCCGAGAUACAGACAGCCCGAACAGACACGAGCCCAGCUCCUCGAGUUGCGACGAUUUGAGCUCGACCUCAGUAGAGAGCAAGAAGAAAACAGAAAACAAAGUUCUUUUUACUGAACAAGCGACAGAUUCCAGCGAGCCGCCAAGCAGUAAUGACUCAGCAUAA